ACUCGAUAAUUGAAAUAAUGUUACAGUUGUCUUCCAAGCGCUCUUGUUAAUAGUUUUGACUGGUAUGUAAUUUACGUUACAACCUAUACAUUUGUAACUCGGAAAUGCCAGUUCGUGAUAACCAUUCAAUGCAAAACAGGGUAUCCGUUGUAGCGCUAAAUUGUAAUAGACCACCGAGGGGUAUUUGUGCAACAUAUGAGUGGAUAAUCCCUGCGUAGGCACUGCAGCUGGUAGCGUUUAUAGUAAUUUUCGGUUAAAAUUGGUAAAUGACUCUGGUUCGUGGUGUACGAACAUCGGCGAACAUUUAAGUACAUCCUAAACAGUUGGUAGGUAAAGAGACGUGUGCGGGGCUCACGUUUGAGUGAUGGCAUAACAAAAAAUAUCGGCACAAAGCAACCCUGCACGUAUAAAUGGAAUAUUUGGAUCCCACGGUUACAGUAGCUAGCUGAGUUCAACGCGAGACGGAUUAGGAGCUCACAGAGAUGAUACGUUUUCUUCCUUGCAUCCUCCUCUGCUGCUCGUUAGCAAGUGGGCAGACACUUUCCUCUCCUCUACCCCUCGGAGUGACCCCCGUGCCAUACGUGCCUCCAGGUCUACCCCCAAUCCCACCGGUGGCCCCAACUAUCUUCCCCUUCGGCCCUACUCCACGACCCUUGGUCCCUGGAGUCGCUGGAUACAACAACCCGUAUUACAACCCUGCCGUGGGGCAGGCUGUGCCUAUUCUGACGUAUAGCAACGAUCAUGGCGCUGAUGGCAGCUAUUCUUACAGUUUUUCCACUGCUGAUGGAAAGCAAGUUCAAGAAACAGGGUACCUGAAAGACGCUUACAUCGACAACGCAGGGGAACCCCAGGGAACGCAGGUAGUGCAGGGCAGCUACGCCUACGUCGCGCCGGACGGCACGCCCAUUCAAGUCAGCUACAUCGCUGAUGAAAAUGGAUUUAGACCUUCAGGGGUUCACAUCCCCGCCGAUGGCAAGGGCGUAUUACCAGCGCCCGUGCUAGACAAGGACGGCAAACCAAUCAUCGACCGAGCUUUCAACAAUCCCUACAGCCCCUUCAACCGCUUUGACGGCCGCUACAGCGGGUACAAUGGGUACAACGGGUACAGCAGAUUGAACAGACCCUAUGACCCGAGGUACCCGUAUGAUGCCCGGUAUCCCCAGAACCCUCGAAAACCCUACGAUCCCAGGUACCCUUAUGAUCCCAGGGCCCCUUACGACCCGGCUACCUACAAUCCUUACAACCCCUACCGUCCCUCUUGGUUGAACAACGUAAACAGCAACAACAAUCAGAAUAAGAAGGAAGACCCAAAAAAGGAGGUAUAAAACGAUUCUAAUAACACAUGAGCUAGAGAUAGGUACCUAUAUUGUGCUAGAUUAAUUAUAAUGAA